AUGCGCGAAAUCCGAAGCUGCAUUGAGCAUGGAAAGGUCGGUAUUUUUGAAUCGCCGACGGGAACUGGUAAAUCGUUGAGUGUGUUGUGUGCGACAUUGACGUGGCUAGAAAAUGAAGAUAAACAGAUCGAAGCAGAAUUAGAAUCAAAACUGAAAACAGUUCAACUUGAGUUGAAUGAAAGCGAGAAAACAACAGAAAAUUGGGAAGCUGCUCUCAAAAAUAAAAUAAAAUCGGAAAAAGAAAAAGAAGGAAUCGUUGAGAAAAUUGAAGAAAGAAAAAGAUUAACAAAGAGAAUCGAUCAGGCGAAACAGGGAGUGAUCGACAUUUCCAGGAAGAGAAAAGCGCCAGCAAGACACAAUGACUUUGCGCUCGUAGAUGAUGAACCAACAGAUGAAGCAUCUCCAUCAGAAGAAUAUCACUCUGACGGAGAGAAUGGACAGUCAAUUGCCAAACUAUUGGACGAAAACUGUGAAAUUGAACAAGAAGAUGAGCCACCGAAGUGCCUCAAAAUUUUCUAUGCUUCAAGAACUCAUUCUCAGUUAGAACAGCUCAUCGACGAACUAGGAAAGACUCGAUUCCAGCCACGUGUCGUAACUUGUAGUUCAAGAGGAAACUUGUGUGUUAAUGAAGAAGUGAAGAAGCUAAAACUAAAUCAUCUUAUUAACGAAAAAUGUAUGGAGUUACGAAAAAAUGGGACUUCUGAAAAAGACAAAAAGCAGAAAACCGAAGAAGGCGCCAAGAAAAUCAGAUCCUGCACAAAAUCAUGUGAAUUUCAUAACUCUUCUCAAAUUGAGGACUUAGUUAACGGAAUUCUAGCAAACAAACUAAAAACGGCUCUUCAAUUGACAAAAGAAGGAAUUUCCUCGAAAGGAUGUCCAUACUUUGCCUCUCGAAAAGCAGUUCCUCAAUGUCAAUUGGUGCUUUUACCAUAUCAAGUUCUUCUUCACGAAGGAACUAGAAAUGCAUGGGGAAUCGAUCUGAAAGAUAAUGUCAUUGUUCUUGAUGAAGCUCACAAUGUUCUUUCGACAAUCAAUAGCAUCUACUCUUCCGAAGUCUCUGAAAAAUCGCUGACACUGGCUCUCAAACUCAUCAGAGAAUACAAUGCAAAAUACAAAUUACUCUUAAAAGCUAAGAACUUGUUGUAUAUGAAACAAUUGGAACAACUCACCAGUAAAAUGCUGAUUUUUCUAAAUAGUGAAUCGAAAGAAGAUGUGAUGACGAUGGCGCAGCUUUCAAGAAAUUUGAAUAUUUUGGAGCUCAACUUGUUCAAAUUGGCCACCUACAUCGAGAAAACAGAUCUGUGCAAAAAAUUCCAUGGAUUUUAUUUGCAGUCGAAACGCAAUGAGAUCAAUACUAAAAAGGAAAACGACAAACCGAAACUAACCGGAAUUCAAAAGUUGAUGGUUAAAAAAGAAGAAAAUCAGAAACAAAAAGCGGAUGAAUCAGAAGAAGUACAACCACAAAUAACAGUUUCAUCACCACUGUUUUCUUUAAAAUCUUUCAUCGAUGCACUUACAAAUAAAUGUGAAGAUGGAAGAAUUAUUAUUGAUAAAACAAAUGGUUCAAAAUUCCGUUACAUUCUUCUGAAUCCAGCUGAUCGUUUGGCUGAAGUAGUGAAGGCCUGUCGAGCUACAAUCCUUAUCGGUGGAACAAUGGAACCUUCUCAACUUCUUGUGGAAACUUUAUCUCGUGGAUCAAUUGGACAAGAUUCGAUUAGUCGCUUCUCAUGUGCUCAUGUCAUCGAUGAUUCUCAACUAUUGGCAGUAACAAUCAAUAAAACUACUGAUGGAAAACCAUUCAAAUUAACAUUUGAAACUCGAAAAAGUCACGAAACCUUGAAAGCAUUAUGUAGAUCCCUACAAGUACUAACUCAACAUCUGCCGAAUGGUAUCGUCAUUUUUGUUCCGUCUUAUGAAAUUCUGGCUGAUAUCAUUCGAAAAGCGAAAGAGACGGGAAUAAUGGAACAAAUCGAGAGGAAAAAGACAGUUUUCGCCGAAUCUCGCCAUUCCACUCCGAACAUGCUGGCAGAUUACAGUACUGCAGCCAGAACACCGAAAGGAGCAAUACUAUUUGCAGUGAUGGGUGGAAAGAUGAGUGAAGGAAUCAAUUUCUCAGAUGAACUUGGUCGUGCUGUUAUUGUGAUCGGCUUACCAUAUCCGAAUAAGACAGGAGUUGAACUUCGAGAAAGAAUGCGGUUCCUCGAUUCACAAAUGCCAAAUGGAGGAAACAUGCUUUAUGAGUCAAUGUGUAUGCAUUCUGUGAAUCAAUCCAUCGGUAGAGCAAUUCGCCACAGGAAAGACUAUGCAGCAGUAUACCUUUUCGACGAAAGAUUCUCACAAGAGUCCACACGAUGCAAGCUCUCCGCGUGGAUUGGUGAUCGAACCCAAACAAAUCUCGGAUUCUCAGAAAUCAUCCAAAAGUCUAAUUUAUUUUUUAAAGCAAAUUCCACUAAAUGA